AUGACCCAACAACCCGAGGGCGAGGCCUUGGUCUCUUCCCUAUGGACAAGAUCCCUCCUCUCCGGCGCAGUGGCAGGUCUAACAGUAGACUGUUCCCUCUACCCACUCGACACCAUCAAAACCCGUCUCCAAAAAGCACGCGACCCCAACGCUCCCAAAGGCCCACGUCUCUCCCUCCGCCAAACAGUCCGCGGCAUAUACGCAGGUCUCCCAUCUGCCCUAUUCGGCUCUGCCCCCUCCGCCGCAUCCUUCUUCAUAGUCUACGACGGCGUAAAGCGCUCUCUCCUACCCCCGAAGGGCUCCACCGAUACCCCAUCCCGGUCACACAUAAUCUUCACGCACUCCCUCGCCUCUUCUCUCGGUGAAGUCGCAGCCUGCGCAGUCCGCGUCCCUACAGAAGUAAUCAAGCAACGUGCCCAGGCCGGUUUAUUCGGUGGCUCUUCCCUCCUCGCUCUAAAGGACAUUUUAUCACUUCGUCAUGCCGCACCACCACCCUUUCCUCCGGCAGCAGGUACAAACGCAACCCUGAUAUCCGGCCCAGUAAAUGUUGUUACCUCUUCAACACCGAAGCGCGGAUACGGCCAGGUAUUCCGAGAACUCUACCGCGGCGCUGGAAUAACCAUUGCGCGCGAGAUUCCAUUCACAGUCAUCCAGUUUACGAUGUGGGAGUCUAUGAAAGAGGCAUAUGGCAAGCGGUAUCUGAAGCCUAUUUCCGGUGCGACGUCUAUUUCUGAGACGCAGAUUCCUGCCUCAACAAGUGCUAUGUUUGGGAGUGUGGCUGGUGCUAUUUCUGCGGGCUUGACUACUCCGUUGGAUGUUAUUAAGACGCGCGUUAUGCUUGCUAGGAGGGGUGAGGUUGGGGCUCCGGUUAGAAUUCGGGAGAUUGUUAGUGGAAUUGCACAGGAGGGGAUGGGUACUUUCUGGCGUGGGAUUGGGCCAAGAGUGGCUUGGAUUGGUAUUGGGGGGUCUGUGUUUUUGGGUAGUUAUCAGUGGGCGUGGAAUAGCUUGGAGCGGAGGAGGGAGUUGAAGGAGCAGGAGUGA